AUGGCCACGGCCACCAGUGCCCUAACCUCGGCGACAUCCACCGAGACAUGCACCCAUCCCCAGCCUGGCAAAAACGGCUAUCUGCCACCUGAAGCCUGCGACGCAGUCCUGAUGUACGUGCCGUCAUUUGCAGCCGCCGUACUCUUCUGUGUCUUGUUCGGCUUCACCACCAUCUGCCACCUCGUACAAGCGGUUAUCUACAAGAAGAGAUACGCCUGGGUAGUGAUUAUGGGCGCUCUUUGGGAGCUCCUCGCCUUCAUCUUCCGCGCCCUCCUCACGCGUAAACAAAACAGCGACAUCUACGACACGCUGUACACGAUCUUCUUUCUGCUGGCACCGAUCUGGAUCAACGCCUACCUCUACAUGACCCUAGGCCGACUCAUCCACUUCUUCCUCCCAACCCGCCGCCUCGCCCACCUCACCUCGACCCACUACGCGCGCCUCUUCGUCUGGCUCGACAUCGUCGCCUUCCUCGUCCAACUCGCGGGCGCCUCCAUGACGACAGGCGAGGACCAACCGCAAAGCACGAUAAUGCGGGGCCUGCACAUCUACAUGGGCGGGAUCGGGAUGCAGGAGUUCUUCGUGCUGAUCUUCACAGGACUAACCAUCCACCUGCACCGGAAGCUGCUCGCCAUGGAGCGCGCCGGCACCCUGGACGCGGGACGCGUCCACCGCGCGGCCGGAGGACCGUUCCGACCGACGUGGAAGAAACUGCUGGCCGCGAUGUACCUGGCGCUGGGGCUAAUCACGGUGCGGAUCGUGUUCCGGCUGGCGCAGUACGCGCGGGGCUCGGACGUCAACAACCCCGUGCUGACGCACGAGUGGUACGAGUAUGUGUUCGAUGCGGUGCCCAUGUUCGUCGCGCUGGUGGGGCUGAAUGUCGUGCAUCCCGGGCAGGUGCUCCGCGGGGAGGGGUCGGAGUUUCCGCGGCUGAGUCGGAGGGAGAAGAAGGCUUUGAAGCGGGAGAGGAAGAAGCGGAAGCGGGAGGAGAGAAUGAGGAGGAAGCUGGGGAAUGGCGCCGGGGAGUCGUUUGAGGAGUUGGGGGCGCUGGAGGGGGGGGAUGUUGGGGUGAGGGGUUAG